CGCGGUCGCGUCCGGAGCGUUAAGCGGUGCACACAGGAAGUCAAUUGAAGUCAAGUAGGUUGUAAAUCGCUAGAAUAUCAAGUGUUUUGGUCAGCUAACAGUUAAUAUCAAGUCAAAUUGUAGUAUAUUGUUUAUUCAACAUGCUGAUCAAAGUAAAGACUCUCACUGGAAAAGAAAUAGAGAUCGACAUCGAGCCCACAGACAAGGUGGAGCGAAUUAAAGAAAGGGUGGAAGAGAAGGAAGGGAUCCCCCCACAGCAACAAAGACUCAUCUACAGUGGAAAACAGAUGAAUGAUGAGAAGACAGCUGCAGACUACAAGAUCCAGGGAGGUUCAGUGCUCCAUCUUGUGUUGGCGCUAAGAGGUGGCUCAACGCUCCACAGGCCCUGCAUAGACCUCUCCUCCUCAUCAUGAAUUGCGGCUGUGAUGAGGGCCAGCUGAGUGCCAAUGCUUUAGGUGUCUGUCACAGUCAAACCAUGUUACAGCACAGAGAUCUGAAAUAACACGCAAACAAAAAUCGACCAACAAGAGCAAAGAAAAGAAAAAAAACAACAACAUAAAGGACGUUCAAAUUCCUCUGUAAUGUUUUUUUGUAAAGCCAGAAAGUCAAUCUUUCCGAGUUUGACCAGUUGAUGCAGGCACCAAUGCAGAACAAAAGACAGUUUGAGAACACUGUGGUCUUUUUGCUUGUGAAUAAAUGCUGACGUUGA